AUGACAGGAGUGACAUACAUGUUUGCUCCUACCUUCUGCUGCUACAAACCCUUCUCUUCUCCAUUAUCAUCCUUCAUCACCUCUCUCCCUUUUUCUUCAUCUUCCAUCAACCACUCCUUCCCUUCUUUUUCUGUUUCAGCCGCUGCUGGCACGUGCAAACUCACGUGGGACGAUGUUUUUCGCAUUUCUGAAUCUGAAACUGACAUAGAAGACGACGACCCUUCUUCUUAUCUCCAAGGUUACUUCCACAAAGUCCAACUCUGCAAUCGUGGUUCUGACAAACAAUCUGAAUUCGUUCCGUUUAUCGUUGAGGGCCGUGAUGUUGGAUUCAUUCACAAUCGGUUUGUUGAACAUUUGCGAGGCUUCAACGACGUGUUCGAUUUUCCCAACGGUGGAGGCCCCUUUGGUUAUUAUGUUACAUUGCAUCCAUUACUAAAGUCGGCUGAGGAAAGAACCAGCGCAGUUGGUUAUGUAAUUAAGCAUUUGGGCGAGGAGCACAUUCCAGGUAUACGAAACGAGCUAUUCCCUGUGAAAUCUUCGUUUAGUGCGUCUGCUUUCUUUUCGUUAGAACGUGCUGCGGCUCCUUAUUUUGGCAUAAAGGUUUAUGGAAUCCAUAUGAAUGGCUAUGUUGAGCUGGAUGGGCGGAAACAUCUAUGGAUAGGGAAGAGAAGUCCCACGAAAUCCACAUAUCCUGGAAUGCUCGAUCAUUUAGUUGCAGGAGGAUUGCCGCAUGGAAUAGGUUGUCUGGAAAAUGUUGUAAAGGAAUGUGAAGAGGAAGCCGGAAUUCCCAGGUCCAUCUCUAUUAAAGCCAAAUCAGUUAGUGUCGUUUCGUACAAGGACAUCGAAGGAUAUAGAUACAAAAGAGAUGUUCUAUUCUGCUAUGAUUUGAUACUUCCCGAAAAUUUCGUACCAAAAAACAUAGAUGGAGAAGUUGAAAGCUUCAAGUUAAUCCCGGUUGAGCAAGUUGCAGAAGUCAUCCGCAAGACACAGUUUUUCAAACCAAAUUGCGCUAUCGUGAUCAUUGACUUCCUGUUUCGACACGGAUACAUAAGUCUUGAAAAUGAUGGAUAUUUGGAUCUCUUAAGAAGCUUAAGAAUAGGAGAUUGGUCCUGA